GCCCAGCCCUUCUGUCCCACCUAAAGACUGUUUGUGCAUAGACCGAGAAGAGACCGCUUGAUUUUCAGUAAGGUACAUACUUAGCCACCCAGUUACCCUUCAAAACGCCGGGUAUACACGGCACGCCGUUCGGUGAUUGCUCAACUUCCUUCAUCAGCCCCGAUACCGUGCAUCUCGCCAGCAACCCAACGUGUGAUUAACCGUUGUGUCAGGACCUCGCCUGUUAUAGCCACAUCCACUAAACCUCUUCCCCGAAUUCUCAUUCAUCAUGGGCAAGUGGUCGGAUCUCGACGGUGACGAGGGUCGCCUCCCCGAAGGCAUGACCAGGGUAGGUUAUGACGCCGACACCCAAGUCUACACAUACCGCGACAGCGACGGCAGUUACUGGGAGGGAGCGCCCGGCUGCCGAUACGGCCGAUUGCAUCGCGUGAAAUCGGCAACCCCGCCGCUGCCGAGCGUGCACAUCCCCGACGACGUCGAGGGCGACGAGCAGCCCUACAUCCUUCAUGACCACGAUGACGAUUCCGAUCUUGACGGCGGCGGCGAUACACUACUCGACGACGAUGACGAAAAGGAAGAUAUCCGUACCACCCUUGCUUCUCCGGACAGAGCCAAACUCCACAACACCAGCCCACUGCCCCACCACCACCUCGUGCCCGCCAAGACCCUGGCCGACCUUCCCCCAACCGACGCCGACUCUGAGUCCCUCAAUUGCACCACCCUCCGAGACAGUCUGAUUUCCGACGGCACCUACCCAAACAAAAACCGAAAGGUCCCCAAGCUCAAUCGCACAGGAACGCUCUCCCGCCUAGCCCGAUUCCUGUCCUCAUCUUCGUCCAGCAGCACGGGGAAGGUGUCCCGCCGCGCGACCCUCAACGGCGAGGCCGGUGAGAUCGGAGAGAGACAUGGCACAAAUGCGAGGCUGGCGCGUAGCCCGACCUCAACUGGUGCUGAGGGAACGGUGACGGCGGGCCGGUGGCCUAAUAAUGGAGGUGCAGAUGGGGCAAAGGAUGAUGGCAGGGUUCCGGCGCGUAAAAGGGCAACGACGUUUGAUGAGAUUUUGGGGAUUGAGCCGCGGAAGUGACUUUGAAGUUGUAGAUACCUUGGCGGUUAUUAUGAAGUUUUGUUUACGGAAUUGGGGCUGGAAAUGAGGAUGGAAUUUUCUCACGAUUUGGGAAUAGGGAAGGGUGAGAGACAGACAGGGAUAGGGAAGGCUGUUUCUUUGGACGGCUUUAUCGUGAUAUGGUAGAGGGGCUGAGCCCCUGGUUAAGGUAAGGAGUUCUCAUGGACAGGACUUGAUAUAUGAUUCUGGUGGACGGAUGAUUGGUGUUUAACGGUGUUCCAUUGCUUCCUGUCAUGACAUCAGCUUAAGGUUUGACUAAGGCUUCUC